AUGAGACGUCCUGCCGACCCUUCAUUCAUGAACCGUAGUUACUACACCUCCAGCCCUUCGGGCUAUUCCUUUCAUGCACAGUUCACUCUAAGCCCUCGACACAACUACCAGUAUGAAUCUCCCGCAUCCUUCGGAGCCCAAUAUCCCUACAGUAGAAGCGUUGGAUACAGUAGUCUCAGGAGUGGUCAUCACACAAGCAGUGCCCUGCCCUCUGCCGUGCCUGGUGGGAACGUGUCUUUCACUAGCCAGACCCCCAGUGGUGUGUGCAUGGAAUAUUCCUUUCAACCUCGGUAUUCAUCUUCACCCGGUACUUCUCAAUGGUCUACUUCUACUGGAUAUUCAUCAUUUUCUCGGAAUCCAACGCGCUUCACUCCCACGACCUCCCGAAAGUCUUGGUUCACCAGAAGUUCCCCUUCACCAACCUAUUAUGGCUAUUAUGCAGGAGGCAGCAUUGGUAGCACCGCUACCAGAGAUACCGCUACCAGAGAUUACUCCAUGGAAAGAAGACUUAGGGAGGCUUCAGAAAAUGUUGGAAGUGGAAAUAUACCUGCAACUUCAAGGUUCUCCAGUCCACGCUUUUCACCAAGUUCAGCAUUGCGUGAUACAAGAGUAUCAGAAGACGUUGACAGCGUUCCUGCUUCUGUGUCCUCCCAACCAUUUCGCACAGGAUUGCAUGAUCCUCCUGAGAGAAGACAAAGAAGAAGAGAAACUGAUGAGAAAUGGUUGGAGCCUAGUGAUGUUGUUAGGUCUUCUUGGGAUACCAGGAAAUCCCAUUCUAUUUCACAUUCAGAGCCAAUUGAAUCUCCUGAUACAGCCACUCGCCCAGUUUGGGGAUUCCAUAGAGACAUAUUACCUUAUGGAAGGAAGUGUAGAAGCUCAUGCACAAUCACCCUGGAACCACAAGCUGAAGAGGCAGUUACCAAUGCACCUUUGGCACCUCAGGUUUCAAAUCCAUCUAAAUUGGACAGUGGUGCCUCUUCAUUGCAUCUCCAACCAGCAUCCCCUGCUCCCUGCUCUCCUCCUCUACCUCCUCAGAUGGGGACUAUUCUGUGCUCUAAUUGCCAGAAGCCAUUGGAUAUGAUACAUCCAACCCCUCAUGCAUUGCAGUUACAGUCAUCACAGCAGCAGCAACUGUUGCAAAGGUUGCAUGAGCACUCCAAUGAGGAGACCUUGAUGGGAAACGAUACAUGUGAUGAUUGUGUAUCUGUGAUCUCACAUUCCUCUAAGAAGUCAUAUACGUCUCACACACGGUCCAGAUCGAAAUCCUCAGGUACCAAGAAGCAUCAAAAGCAGUCCACAUUCCAUAGAAGUUCUGGCAAAUCUCAUCAAGCAUCCAGUUAUGGGAAGAAGGCUCACAAGACAGAUCCUGAUCUAUCUGUGUCUUCUCCCAUUGUGAUAGAAGCUAAACCCAGGAAGAGACAAGAAUCCCCCUCUACCAUCUCCUCCCAUGCUGUCCACAUACCCAUUCGAGUUGAUAUUCCUUCUUCUCUUCGAAAGAGAAGGUCGGGCAAGCAUUCAAGCUCAGGUCACUCAACACCACAUACCAUCCACAUUGAUGUUUACUGCACUGAUUCAGAAGACAGUGGUUCUCAAACCUCAACUUCAGAACCCAAGGAUGAUAGUGCUCAGAUAGAUGAUAGUGAAUCUGAGAAUACCUCAGUUGCCACACUCUAUGAGACAGAAGAAUGCAAAGUACGUCACAUUCGGAAGAAGAACAGACUACCUCACUUCAUGAAACAUGCCAGUGUCAAAGUAGAAAUACCAAGUGCAUGCAGAGGGACUUCUAAAAGUGGAACAACACCUGCUCAGCCCAAAUCAGGAUCCUCAUUACCCUCUUCAUCUCAUGGAUUUUCAGAAACAGACAUUGGUAAUUACAUGUCCAGUGAUCCUCCUUCAGGUGUUGAGUCAGACAUAUCUCCAUCUGUCAGCCCUGCUGCAAGUUCGGAGUCUAGCACGACAUGGAAAGAUGUAUCAGAUGGGGAAGCUCCUGUUGAUUUUAAUGUUGCUUUUCAAAAACUUUACAAUGAGAAUAUCCUGCAGUUGGAAACUGCUAUUCCCAACCCAUAUCAAGAUGUUUUCAGUGAUUCUCCUGGAAGCAAAACUUCAUCUUCAACAAGUACUAUGAAAACUAUAAGGACAUUAGGCACAUCCUUUCAUGAUGUUCCAAGUCCAAGCUCUCCUGUGCCCUCCUCCACAUUCAAAGGUGCUUCAGCAAGGCAAGGCCUCUCCAGACAUCAGUCCAUGCAUAAUCCUUUGCUUUCUUAUUUGGAUUCAAGAGUAGCUACACUUAGAUCUGAUCGAACUGCCAGACAUUCCUUUCCUGGCCAUCAUAGCUUACAGCGACAUGAUUCCAUCCAUGGCCAUGGCAUUGAAAAAGGUUCUGGACAGUUCAACUCAGGGCAUGCAAACAUAGGUGCUGGAGCACUUUCUGACAUACCCUCUGCAGUUGAAGAACAAUGUAGAGAUGAUAUGCUCUUUAAAAAGUACUUAGCUGACAAAAAGCAACGCAUGUUGAGGACUGCUGAACGGUAUGACCAGCUUACAGAGCGCCUGAACAGAAGCUUUGAAGAGUCUGUUAUUGAAUCUUCCCAGAAACUUGCUGUGAGGCAGUUCCUUAGUGAUACAUUGCCAUCAUCAGCCCAGAGAAAGGAAGUUCAAGCAAGUGAUGGCACACAAUCAUUUCCAAGAAUCCAUAUGCAAUCUGUUCUUCCAAGCAGACCACAAUGCACUGUCUCUUCCUCUUUGUCAUCAGGGACAUUGCAAGUAUCCUCUCCUCCUGUCUCUUUCUCAUCAGGGUCAUUGCAAGUAUCCUCUCCUCCAACACAGGUUCGCCUUUUGGCAAAUGUAGUUUCAAAUGAUUUUGGAUCUGUGGCCAGCAGUGCAAUUGAUGCUUCAUCUUCUAGCAUCACAAAGGAGGAUGAUUCAGGAUCAGUUAAAGUUUCUAGAAUCAGUGAAAUUUCCAAGAAAGUAGCAGUUCCUAUGAGAAUGAGUGGGGAAAAGGACUUGAGUUCAAAACCAGCUAAGGUUCUUUGCUCCAAAAUCAAAAGCAUUCAGUCCAGAUUUGAAACAUCCACUGGAGAUGAACCAUUGAAGAAAGUGGAGAAACACCUAAUGAAAUAUAGAGAGAUGCUGAAACCUAUUCCAAGGAGAGAACCAGAGCUGAGUAAGGCCAUGCCUCACACUAAGAUAUUGGAUGUUCAGGAGCGACUGAAAAAGAAGGCAUCAACAGGUAAUCCAGAAACCAAUACAAGAACCAAUGGAGGGAGCUUGAAGAAAAAGAAAAAACCAGUUAAGAAAAAUGGGAAUGAAGAUUCUCAGUUGCAGAAGAGAACAAUACCAAAAUAUACUGGCAGUCAUAGCACAGGGAAACUGAAUAUCCCCACUGAACCUGAAGAACAACAGUUAGAGAAAGCUGAGUCUGAGUCCAAGCUGCCAUUCAUUGAAAGACCAGGAGAUUGGAGUGAUAGGUUGAUCAAGGCAGAACGAUUUGGCCCAGUGGUUGAGUUCGUGAAGAAACCUGGGCAUCAUAUUGGACCAUCAAAAAACCCAAACUGUUCAUGUGAAUAUUGUGCUCGUUAUAUGCACGCUUUGACGUGUGGAUCACGGUCAUCUCAUAUCCUCAAGAUGCAAUUGGUAGCAGAGCCAGGCACCAAUGAAUCUGGGUUGGGAUUAAGUGCUGUGAAGAGGGCUGUAUGUGCUCUUGAGCAGAUGUCCCAGCUCCAGAAGGAUGAAAGUUCCCGUUCUGAUGACCCACCUUCUGAGAAGCGAGACAGCUCUCCUAAAUCUGCUCCAAAAUACCAUUCUGAUGUUGUAGUAUUUCACUGGGCCCAGACCCGGCUCCUUGAAUCAAGCAAGAAGCUGGACCUCAUUAGACAUUCUCUGGAGAUGCAGAGGAAAGAGUUGCCCCAGGACUCUCCAAAAGCAGAGGAGAUCCAGAAUGAGCUACACAAUGUCCUAUCUCCUGCCUCACCUGGCUCCUAUAGUCCUUCUCCCACUGCAUUUGAGAACUUCAGGAGGCAAGGAGCAGCCAAUAAUCAAUCUGUGGGCAAGCGGACACAUUCUCUCAACAUAGGGAAGACUGCUGCUGUUACUGGGAAGCUUGAAGUCAGACUCAUGGGGUGUCAAGACCUUCUGGAGGAAGUCCCUGGACGCUCCAGGAAAGAUUCAUUACAUAGCCCAACAGAUAUCAAAGCAGUCCUGAAAGUUCGAUCCUCAAAAUCAUAUAGUGUCAAGGAUGAAACAAGCAAUGAAAUAAUGGCAGUGCUCAAGCUGGACAACCAAACUGUAGCCCAAACCAAUUGGAAGCCCUGUUCUCAGCAGGCCUGGGAUCAGAGGUUUAGCAUAGAUUUGGAUAAAAGCCGAGAGCUAGAGAUCGACAUAUACUGGCGUGAUUGGAGGUCUUUGUGUGCUGUCAAGUUCCUACGCCUAGAAGAAUUCAUUGAUGAUGUUCGCCAUGGCAUGGCACUGCAACUUGAGCCUCAGGGACUACUCUUUGCUGAGAUUAAGUUUUUGAACCCAAUGAUCAGCCGAAAGCCGAAGUUGCAACGACAGAGGAAGAUUUUCAAGCAGAAGGGGAAGCACUUCCUCAGACCAGGCCAGAUGAACAUCAAUGUAGCCACUUGGGGGAGGCUGAUCAAACGCAACAUUGAAACCACCUCAGCAAGUCCAGCAAGGCCAAGCAGUCGACCGAUUGAAGUGGGUGGGGUACCCUCGCCAGGAGGUGCACUAACUAUGAUUGAGAGCCCCAUUUCAGAGAGUCGUCCACUUGCAGUGUCACCUCCCACCUCAUUGCCUCUUGGGCCUCCCCCUCCUCCACUUCAUUCACUUCCUCAUCCACCUCCCCACCAGAAGAGGCCUGCUCCAUCUCCACCAAGGGAUUCCUCCAGUGAUGCUCUCCGAAUCAAGAAAAGAUCUGAGAUUGGAGAUCCGGACAAGUUUGGGGACAUCUACCGUCAAUAUUAUGCACCUGACUGA